AUGAUUAUCUCAGUACAAAAGACAAACACUGAAAAAACACAACGUGAUUUGGGAUUAACAUCGCCUGUGGAAGAGAUAUAUUCUCCUGAAUUCACGAUUCAACCGUCACCUUUACCAACUUUCUCUUCAAUCAACUAUCGAACACGUAUAUGUAAACGUGAACAGCAUAAAAAUGAACCUAGCAGAAGAGCAAUUGCUCAACAAGAAAGCAGAAAUUAUGAGCGAGAAAUACAAGUGCAAGAAAAUGAAUUUGAUAGAAGAGCUAAUACAUAUCAACAAAGUAGUACUAAUGAGUUAGAAAUGCAAAUACUUCAAAAUGAGCCAAAUAAAAGAUCUAUUGCACAACAAAAUAGAAGAAAUCAUGAAAGAGCAGAGAAUUCAGUAAACCAAAGAGCUAUCUCUCAACAAGAAAGAAGAAAACUAAAUAAAAAAUCAAUUUCACAACAAAAAAGAAAACAACGUGAAAGAGAAGCUAACAAACAAGCUCAAAGUGAAAAUGAGCAAGCAAAAAGAGCAUGUACUAUAUCUCUUGAUGAACUAUUAACACAACUUCAACAAAAUAAU